AAUUAAGUUGCAUUUAUGUGGAAUUGCUGUAAUUGUGCUUUUUAUAAAAAGUCUGUUUCAGCUCGCAGUUUUAGUUUGGGUUUCUGGAAGUGGUUGUGUAUCAAGGUUUGCGUGGGCAGGGGAGAGCUUCUGGUUUGGGAUUUAUUUGUUGUUGUUGUUCCAUUUUUGCAGGAGUUAAAGGAAGACAAUCAGGUGUUGCUGGAAACCAAGACAAUGUUGGAAGAUCAGUUGGAGGGGACCCGAGCUCGAUCAGAUAAACUGCACGAGUUGGAAAAGGAGAAUUUACAGCUGAAAGCAAAAUUGCAUGACAUGGAGAUGGAGCGUGAUAUGGACAGAAAGAAGAUUGAGGAGCUCAUGGAGGAAAACAUGACCCUGGAAAUGGCUCAGAAACAAAGUAUGGAUGAGUCUUUGCAUCUUGGCUGGGAGCUGGAGCAGAUAAACAGGACUACUGAACUUUCUGAAGUGCCACAGAAAUCACUGGGCCAUGAGGUGAAUGAGCUGACAUCCAGCAGGUUACUGAAGCUGGAAAUGGAAAACCAAAGUUUGCUGAAGACUGUGGAAGAGCUGCAAAGUGCAGUGGGCUCUGUGGAAGGCAGCAGCUCAAGGAUUCUGAAAAUGGAAAAGGAAAACCAAAGACUUAGCAAGAAGCUUGAAGAGCUGGAGAAUGAAAUUAGCCAAGAGAAACAAAGUCUUCAGAACAGUCAAAAUCAGAGUAAAGAUUUGCUGAAGGAAAAAGCCCAGCUUGAAAAGACACUUGAAGCACUUCGAGAGAACUCCGAGCGACAAAUUAAACUCUUAGAACAAGAAAAUGAGCACUUGAAUCAAACCGUGGCUUCUCUAAGGCAGCGCUCACAAAUCAGUGCUGAGGCCAGAAUGAAAGAGAUUGAGAAGGAAAAUAAAAUCCUCCAUGAGUCUAUCAAAGAGACCAGCAGUAAGUUAAAUAAAAUGGAAUUUGAAAAAAAGCAAGUCAGGAAAGAACUGGAACACUACAAAGAGAAAGGGGAGAGGGCAGAAGAAUUAGAGAACGAGCUGCAUCGUCUGGAGAAGGAAAAUGAGUUAUUACAGAAGAAAAUCACCAACCUAAAAAUCACUUGUGAGAAGAUUGAGGCCUUAGAACAAGAGAACUCUGACCUGGAGACAGAGAACAGAAAGCUGAAAAAAACCUUGGAUAGCCUGAAAAACCUCACUUUUCAAUUGGAAUCCUUAGAAAAGGAGAAUUCCCAACUGGACGAAGAAAAUUUAGAGCUACGGAGGACAAUCGAAUCCUUGAAGUGUACGAGCAUUAAAGUGGCACAGUUACAGUUGGAGAAUAAGGAGCUGGAGAGUGAAAAGGAGCAGCUCAAAAAAAGCCUUGAGCUGAUGAAAGCCUCUUUUAAAAAGACUGAACGCUUGGAAGUCAGUUACCAAGGCCUGGACACAGAAAACCAAAGGCUACAGAAAGCCCUGGAAAACAGCAAUAAGAAAAUUCAGCAAUUAGAGAGCGAAUUACAAGAUUUAGAGACUGAAAAUCAAACCCUGCAAAAGAACUUGGAAGAGUUAAAAAUCUCCAGCAAGCGCCUGGAGCAGUUGGAAAAGGAGAAUAAGUUGUUAGAACAAGAGACUUCUCAACUGGAAAAGGAUAAGAAACAGCUGGAAAAGGAAAAUAAAAGGCUUCGACAGCAAGCAGAAAUUAAAGAUAGUACCUUGGAAGAAAAUAAUGUCAAAAUCAGUAAUCUGGAAAGGGAAAAUAAAUCUCUAUUUAAAGAAAUAGUUGUGUAUAAAGAGUCCUGUCUGCGCCUGAAGGAGCUGGAAAAGGAAAACAAGGAGUUGGUGAAAAGAGCUACCAUUGAUAAGAAAACCCUGGUCACUUUAAGAGAGGACUUGGUGAAUGAGAAAUUGAAGACUCAACAGAUGAACAAUGAUCUGGAAAAACUGGCCCACGAGCUUGAGAAAAUUGGCUUGAACAAGGAGCGUCUCCUGCACGAUGAGCAGAGCAGUGAUGACAGUAGGUACAAGCUUUUGGAGUCUAAAUUAGAAUCCACGCUCAAGAAGUCUCUGGAAAUAAAAGAAGAAAAAAUUGCUGCUUUGGAGGCUCGUUUGGAGGAAUCAACAAAUCUGAACCAGCAGCUGCGUCAGGAGCUGAAAACAGUGAAGAAGAACUACGAAGCUCUCAAGCAAAGACAAGAAGAGGAAAGGAUGGUUCAAAAUUCUCCUCCAAGAAGUGGAGAAGGAAAUCAGUCUGUCAAUAAGUGGGAGAAAGAAAAUCAGGAGACUACUAGAGAAUUACUGAAAGUGAAAGAUAGAUUAAUCGAGGUGGAGAGGAAUAACGCGACGCUGCAGGCGGAGAAGCAGGCGCUGAAAACGCAGCUCAGGCAGCUCGAGACGCAGAACAACAACCUGCAGGCCCAGAUCCUGGCCCUGCAGAGACAGACUGUGUCCCUGCAGGAGCAGAACACAACUCUGCAAACUCAGAACGCCAAGCUGCAGGUUGAGAACUCGACGCUGAACUCGCAGAGCACGUCGCUGAUGAACCAGAACGCGCAGCUGCUGAUCCAGCAGUCGGCCCUGGAGAGCGAGAACGAGGCGGCGCUGAAGGAGCGCGAGGACCUGAAGGGGCUCUACGAGGCCCUGCUCAAGGACCACGAGCGCCUGGAGCAGCUGCACGAGCGCCAGGCCGCCGAGUACGAGUCCCUGAUCGCCAAGCACGGCAGCCUCAAGGCCGCCCACAAGAACCUGGAGGUGGAGCACAAGGACUUGGAGGACAGGUACAACCAGUUGCUGAAACAGAAAGUGCAGCUGGAAGAGCUGGAGAAGGUUCUCAAGACAGAGCAGGACAAAAUGCUGCAGCAAAGUGAGAAACAUGAAACUGUGGCAGCAGAAUAUAAAAAGCUUCGGGAUGAAAAUGAAAGGCUCUCUCACACAUACACUCAGCUCCUGAGGGAGAAUGAGGUGCUGCAGACUGACCACAAGAAUCUGAAAACAUUGUUGAACAGUUCCAAACUGGAGCAAACACGGUUGGAAGCUGAGUUUUCCAAACUCAAAGAACAGUACCAGCAACUGGAUAUUACAUCAACAAAGCUGAAUAAUCAGUGUGAGCUGCUCAGCCAACUGAAAGGAAACCUGGAGGAGGAAAACAGACACCUGCUGGAUCAAAUCCAGACCUUAAUGCUGCAGAACAGAACAUUACUGGAGCAGAACAUGGAAAGCAAGGAUCUGUUCCAUGUAGAGCAAAGGCAGUACAUUGACAAACUAAACGAAUUGAGGCGGCAGAAGGAGAAACUGGAGGAGAAGAUAAUGGAUCAGUAUAAAUUCUAUGAGCCAUCUCCACCAAGAAGAAGGGGCAACUGGAUCACGCUGAAGAUGAGGAAGCUGAUCAAGUCCAAGAAGGACGGGAACCGCGAGCGCCUCAAGUCGGUGACGCUGACGCCCACGCGCUCCGAGUCCAGCGAGGGAUUCCUGCAGCUGCCCCACCAGGACAGCCAGGACAGCUCCUCCGUGGGCUCCAACUCCCUGGAGGAUGGGCAGACCCUGGGCACCAAAAAGAGUAGCAUGGGUGCACUGAAAAGACUGCCCUUUUUGAGGAACAGACCGAAGGAAAAAGACAAAAUGAAGGCCUUCUACCGUCGCUCCAUGUCCAUGAAUGACCUGGUGCAGUCCAUGGUCCUGGCAGGAGGACAAUGGACAGGUAGUUCUGAGCAUCUGGAGGGUCCUGAUGAUAUAUCCACGGGUAAAAGGAGGAAGGAAUUGGGAGCUAUGGCCUUCUCUACUACAGCUAUCAACUUUGCCACUGUCAACUCCUCCACAGGCUUCAGAUCCAAGCAGUUGCUAAAUAAUAAAGAUACUACAUCCUUUGAAGAUGUAAGUCCACAAGGUAUUAGUGAUGAUUCUAGUACAGGAUCAAGAGUUCAUGGAGUACAGGACUUUAUCUGUGCAGAUGCUCUUGCUCCUCCUGUGCGUGGCCUCCCAGCCCUGUGCAGGGUUCCCUGUCAGAUCUGUUUGCCCUUUUCCAAAGUGUCCUCUUGGACCGCCUGGAAAUUCCUUCGCUUUCUGAUCUCUUCCAGACCAGCCAGCCUUGAUAGUGGCAGAACAUCCACUAGCAAUAGCAAUAACAAUGCUUCACUCCAUGAAGUCAAAGCAGGUGCAGUGCCCAGCCAGAGCAGGCCCCAGAGCCACAGCAGUGGGGAGUUCAGCCUGCUCCAGGAGCACGAGGCCUGGUCCAGCAGCAGCAGCAGCCCCAUCCAGUACCUGAAGGGCCACACCAGGUCCAGCCCCGUGCUGCAGCACAGGACACCCGAGAGCCACAGCAAAGCCCCCAAAACGGGCUCCCCUGGCAGUGAAGUGGUCACCCUGCAGCAGUUCCUGGAGGAGAGCAACAAGAGUAACUCCAGUGAGAUGAAGUCUGCAAGUGAGGAGAACCUUUUAGAUGAAGUGAUGAGGAGCUUGUCCGAGUCUGCGGAGCUGGCAGGGAGGGAGAAGCUGCGGAAGCAGCCGGCAGCUGGCUGUGGGAUCGUGAGAUCCCUGAGUGUCAGAACCACGGGGGAUUUCUCAGACGGACGAUCCCUCAAAGCAGAGCAGCUGGUGAGGCCCGGCCUCAGGAAGGCUGAGGAUCUCUACUUCAGCAGCUCUCCCAUCAAAUUCAGCUCCGGCGCCCAGGGGAAGCCCCGCUCCGUGAAGGAAAAGAUCCAAGCGACGGUGACCCAGCGACAAUCCAGGGACUGCAACCCCUACGCCACCUUACCUCGUGCCAGCAGCGUCAUUUCCACGGCAGAAGGCAGCACCCGAAGGACAAGCAUCCAUGAUUUCUUGUCUAAGGACAGUAGGCCGCCCGUGCCCGUGGAUGCGGCCCCGGCCCCGGCCGACAGGAGUGCUCCGCCCGGCUCCAGUGAGUACUCGGCUCUGCGGGUGUCCUCUCCCUGUGUUCCCGGUGGGCCUGCCCGGGGGGAGCGCGGCCCGCAGGGAGAGGCGGCUCCCCCGCUCGCAGCGCGCCCUGUAGGAGGUAACCCUGAGCCGGCCAAGCCUUCCAGGAUGGAAAGGCCAGGCGGUCGAGAGAGGACUUUGCCGAGCGCGGGCGCGUUCUGGGAUAGAGCCAGCGGGGCUGGGAGUGGCAGUGCAGGCUCCUUCGCUGCGCCCCAGCCCUUCCUGUCCCUCAACACCGAGUUAGUCAGCAAUAUCAGUGGGUUGCCCCCGAGAUCCACCUCCAAGGCAGCUGAGCAGGCAAACGUGUCAGCGUUCAGGUCAGUGCUGAGGAGCCAGGAGCAGCCUUGUGCUGCUCCAAAGGCCCAGGGUGAGCCACGGGCAGCUCUGACCGGGGACCCUGUCCCUGCCCCCGGCCCCGGCCAGGCCCAGUCCCCACUGCUGGUCUCAGAAGAUAACCAGACCCUGUGGUAUGAGUAUGGCUGUGUAUGAAGGAAAGCUGUAUUAUUAAAUAUUUAUGUCUAACAUGCCAUAAAGGUAUUCUCCAUGUCCACUGGAUGACAGAGGAAACUUCCCUCCAAUGAAGGAAUCAUUGCUGUUUAUCCGCGGGGUGGUUGUUCCCUGUGGACUCUGUGGCAUGUUUGAAUGUGGAAUUGUAACCCCACCAAAGCCUGCAUGAACCAUUAAUUGCACUGUGUAUAUUUUGCAUGCCUUUAUAAUACAAGCUCUAUUUUUA